GAUUGGUCAAUUUCUUACGACUUACAGCUUACGACUGUAUUGUAGAACAGGUCAAACGCAGCCAUUUAUCUACUUGUGAAAUGGCGCAGCAAUACGAAUCAGACUAGUUGAGAGAACACGUUUUUGAGAGAGCGGACGUUUGGCCGGAAUUUAUUUCGUUCGAGAACAAAAAACAGAAGAGAUGCGUUCUAUUGUUGUGAUUUAAUGAUUUCAAAAUUCUAAUUUUGAUCGUACAGAAAUUAUUGUGAAGAGGAACAAGUUUGUUCGCGCCUCGAUAUAUCAGGAACUUGAGUAUCGUAGUGUUGUAUUUUGCCGGUACACGACAGAUCUCUGUUGAUCUGUAUUUUACGAAUUAUCGAGUUGCAAGUUACAACACACAUCGAUUAACUUCGAUCACAAUGGAUGAAACUCUGUUAAAUAGUAUUCUUAAUAUGUUUAAUACGACUAAUCCUUUCAAGAUAGAAAUGUCCCGUCCUGCAAGUCAAAGACAAACAGCGGGCGAUGAAUAUCAAUUAGGGGAAGAGUUUAAUCCUCAUGACAGAAAAAUAAGAAAGGGCACGGAUUAUGCAAAGGAAUAUAAACAAAAAGAAGAUGAGGAUUAUUUAAAGUUAAAAUCUGAUAUUCUAUGGAGACAACGAAUGAAGGAUCUUCACAUAGAUAACAUGUCGGAAGUCACUAUGACAAGUGGAGCUUGCAACAGCGUGCAAGAGACUGGUCGCAUUUAUCGAACGUAUAACUUUUCUUAUCGGCCUCAAAUAGAAUUGCCAAUUUUUUAUGUUAAGGAUAAGCUCUUGUCCAUGCUCGAGAGCAAUUCUGUUAUUAUUGUCUCUGGUACUACAGGCUGUGGAAAGACAACACAAGUACCGCAAAUUAUUCUUAAUGAUAAAUUUGAGAAGAACGAACACUGUAACAUCAUAGUUACAUCGCCGAGACGUAUUGCUGCUAUAAGCAUUGCCAAAAGGGUCUGUGAGGAGAGAGGAUGGAGUGUUGGUACAAUUGUGGGAUACCAAAUGGGAUUGGUCAAAAAUAUAAGCCAAGACACUCGUAUAACAUAUUGUACAACUGGUGUACUUCUGCAUAAAUUGAUAAACAAGAAGCACAUGCUAGAUUAUACUCAUGUCAUAUUGGAUGAGGUGCACGAACGUGAUGAGAACAUGGAUUUCUUAAUGCUAGUUGUGAAAAAGUUAUUACGGUUAAAUUCUCCCAAUGUUAAAGUUAUACUGAUGUCUGCAACGAUCGAUGUGUAUAAGUUUGCUGAUUAUUUUUCCAUUCCUAUGGGAGAUGCGCUUUUGUCAGCUCCUAUCAUCGAUGUACCAAAAGAAAGGCAUUAUAAUGUUUCUGUAUAUUAUAUCGAUGAGAUGCAUAAUCUAGGAAAUGUACCUGAAGUGCCUGAGGAACCAAGAUUCUCGGAAAAUGUAGCAGAGUUUUCUAUACGCAUUUUGCACAUUUUUGAUCGUCUCGACAAAGCUGACAACAGUUUUUCUGAAAGAGCAGCUGUGCUGGUAUUUUUACCAGGAUAUCACGAAAUCAUGGAAUUCCGUUCAAUGCUUUUAUUGGACAAAUACGAGGAAGCAAAAUGGGAAAUAAUGAUUUUACAUUCCAUGAUCUCGACUGAAGAUCAAGAGAAAAUAUUCAAGCAGCCACCAAAAGAUUUUCGACGUAUUAUAUUAUCGACUAACGUUGCUGAAAGCAGCAUUACUGUGCCCAAUAUUAAAUACGUUAUUGAUUUUUGUCUGACAAAACUUCUUGUUACUGAAUAUGCUUCAAAUUACGAAGGUCUACAGCUUAACUGGGCGAGCAAGGCAAAUUGUCAACAACGAGCCGGUCGCGUAGGUCGCGUAAUGGAGGGUAGAGUGUAUAGAAUGAUUACAAGAUCGUUUUAUGAUAAUUCGUUGCCCACGGAAACUGUUCCAGAAAUACUCAGAGCUCCGCUUGAGAAUGUAGUUCUCAAAGCAAAAGUACUGAAUAUGGGUGAACCGAGAGCCAUUCUCGGUGUUUCCUUGGACCCACCGGAUCUAAGUGACUUACAAAAAACUAUAUUAACAUUAAAGGAAGCCGGUGCGUUGCUCCAUACAGAAGACAAUUCGAACGAUUUCGACGGAGAGCUGACGACUUUGGGUCGUGUAAUGGCUUCUCUUCCGUUGAAUAUUUACAAGACGAAGUUAAUUGUUCUGGGUCAUCUGUUUGAUGUUCUGACGGAUGCAAUUAUAAUGGCAGUUUGUUCAAGCGUUAAAGAGAUAUUCAGCAUCAAUGUGGAAGAUAUAAAAUCAGUUCACAACGAAAAACUACAAUGGGCUGCUGGAUCUGAUUGCGACUUUAUGGCAUAUUAUAAUGCUUAUAAUGUAUGGCGACAUCAUAAAAUGAACAAUAAUAUAACAGAUUUGCGCAGUGAGAAGGAAUGGACGAAGAAAAAUCAUCUUCGUAUACGAUCGCUACGCGAGGCUGACGCUCUCAUAACUGAAGUAACGGAAAAAUUACGCCACAUCGGUAUCAAAGAACCUCAAGUUGAUCCCAAACGGAACAAGUGGAAACAAUAUUCCAUAAACGAAUACUUUGUUUUUAAAGUUAUAAUUGCCGGUGCUUUUUAUCCUAACUAUUUCGUCAAAUCUACGAACGAAGAUCAGAAGAAGAAGAAAAUGAAACUGUUGUCCUAUCAUGAUCCAACGAACACUGUUAUUCUAAGUGGAUGGCCGUUACGACAGCCCGGAUUGUUGUAUGCCAAACAAAUUCAGCAGAUCUUUGCAUCGAAUCUAAAGCUCAAUCAAGACAACAUAAAAGUAUUUUUUGAUGGAACAAGUCGUAUUUAUGUCGAAUAUGAAAAUGAAAAUCGUACAGCGGCCAAUUAUUCUUUCGUUCAAAAUUGUAUCAAGCUACGACGAUAUCGGAUUCCGAUUGUAAUAAAGUUGUUAAGUGAAGAAGAAGCUAGCGAUCAAUUUAAGAAACUCGAGCUUGAAGAAAGAAGUAAAGAACUGUACUUCGAUUCCAAAUGUUCGCGAACAUACUCGCACAGUCAACAUGCACAGAAGCCAUAUCCGGAUUUACCAGAAACAUUGAUAUAUACAUCUAAAGUGACGCUAAAUGGCCCGUUUUCGCCGUUGGAAGUUUGCUUGUCUCCUAUGGUGAACAGCGAAUCACUCACUCUCACAUACAUAGAUCCAUUGUCGGUAAAUUCUAUUACACUGGAUACUUGUCCGAAAAAUUCGAAAGGAAUUUUUCUGGUGGCGCAAACUGUCGUUCGAAAUCCUCACACUAAAAAUUUGACUCUACGAAACACAACUCUUUUGCCUGAUAUACCCGGUCUUGAAGCUUUAAUUAAUUUAAUGUUCACACCGUAUAUCGAGUUGAGACGUGAUCCUCUAGGCACUUAUUACACGGGUGCUUUGUGCGGACUGGGAUAUGAUUCAAAAGGAAGAAGCUUAUUUCCAGAGCACGACUUACGAGUUUUAUUCGACUGUAAGAUUACGAUAGAGGAUUUGCGAAGGAUAAACAAAUUACGUCACUGGAUGAAUGUUGCGAUGUGCUUUGAUCCUGAUGAUGAAGACGUGGACGAAAACGCACAAAAUAAAUUGACUUUAGAAUGUCAAGAGCGUAUUAAAAUUGCGUUUAAGGAAAUAAUAUAUCAACAACGCGAUCCUCAAGAACCACUUCUAAUUUCCCACUUCAACAAAUGGAAUCGAUAUGACAGAAGUCUAUUUCUCAAGACCGCACGAGACACAUUGAAAAAAAGUCAAAUAUAUGGCUUGCACAAGGCGUUGGAAUUGAAUGAAAUAAAGAAACCUCUUGAGGAAAUAAUUAAACAUUUGUGCCAAUUAGAAAUGUUAGCUUACAAAGAUCCAUCUGAGACAAGUAUCGAGCCUGUUUAUUGCAAACUCUGUAAAAAGGAAGUGAUUGGCAUUCUCAAUCUUAGAUCACAUUUGUGUUCGCAACAACAUAAAGCAAAACAACAAGAGAUCGAUACAACCGAAUGUGGACAGGAUCUAAAGAGCCUGUUGUCACAAUUGGGAAUGCAAUAAGAUAUAAUCAUGCAUCAAAAUGGUAAAAUAAACAAGAAUUAUUGAUUUAUUUUCAGUACUUGUUAAUAUUUUUUACGUAUAUUUUUAUUACAAAAAUUGA